CCACAAUUUGAGGAGACGUGAUGACGGUUCCUGAAGAGACACUUCGAACAGUUGCAUCCUUUGCAUGCACCGUUUCAUAUUUAUUGUAUAUAAGUGUACACCAAACAUCAAUAAAGAUAACUGAUUGAUUUUUGUCAAUUGUCUCUCGCUCUUUAUAAUUUCACUCGUAACACGGAAGAGAAGAAAAGAGAAAAAAAUCGAGACAUUAAUUCUCCGCCAUUUUGCAUAAUGUCUCGUCUCUGACCGGUUCCGGCUCGAAAGAAAUUCCGCUUGGCCCAGUCCGUCUCUGACUGGACUGUGGACUUGCAUGAGACAGAUAAUCAAAGGCAGGGCGAUUCCUCCUGGCUCCCGAACACAAGCGCGCAGCCUAAGCUUUGCCGAUUCCCCUUCGUCGACGCCGGCGCGCGCGGGAGCCAACCACCGCUAUGGAAUCGGGUGUACAAUCGAACAUCUCAGAUUGGACGCGGCUCCCGGAGGAUCUGCUUGUCGCCCUCUUUGGGGAGCUAGAGAUCCCCGACCUCCUCCGCUCAGCCGCCGUCUGCACGUCCUGGCGCUCCGCGUACCGCAUCUUCCGCCGCCUUCGGCUCCCGUCUCCGAAGCAGUCGCCGUGCCUUCUAUACUCCAGCGAAGCCUGCGGCCCUGACGCCGCCAUGCUAUACUGCCCCUCCACCGGCGCCACGUUCCACAUCCCGAUGCGGGAGCCAGGCCUCCGACUCCGCAGCCUGUCGCCGAUCGGCUCGGGUCACGGCUGGUUGGUGGUCGCCGACGAGAUCAGCAACCUCCACCUCAUUAACCCCCUCACAGGCUGCCACGCCGCGCUCCCGCCCAUCACCACAUUCCCAUCCGUCGAGGGCUCCUUGGAUGACCAGGGCAACCUCAUCUACACCUUCUCCGGGAAAUCCCACGAGCCGUACAGCUUGCGGGCGGUCGAGUCGCGGGACAUGUAUGAGAGGGCGGUCCUCUCUUGCAGCCCCUCCGCUGGCAGUGCGUGCAUCGUCCUGCUCACGCACGAGCCGUUCGGCGAGCUCUCGUUCGCCAGGGUCGGCGACCAGCGUUGGACUCAGAUCCCGGCGGACGACAGCACAGGCAUCCAGCCCAGCGACGCCGUGUACAGCACGGCGGACGGUCUGUUCUACGUGGUGAGGUCCGAUGGUUCCAUGCAUACACUGGACCUGAAUGGGCCUAAUCCAGUAACCACCACGAUCAUGCCCGAGGCGGCGAUGAACUCUGAAUGGGACUACAAGUACGUGUACGUCGUCCAGACGCCAUGGGGCGGUCUCUUGCAAGCCUGGAGAUUCAGGGAUUACUUCGAGCACGCGGACGAUUCCAACUAUAUCGAUCCUCCGGUGGAGCUGAACAUGACUGAGCUGCAGCUUUACAAGGUGGAUGUGCAUGGACAAAUGCUGGUGAAGGUAGAUAGUGUGGGAGAUCACGCUCUUUUCCUUGGUUAUAAUAGCUCGAUGUGUCUUCCAAUCAAUGACUUUCCUGGGUUGAAGCCAGACUGCGCCUACGUUACCGAUGAUUCUUACGAUUAUGUCAAUUUAUGUAAAUUCUUCAAGCGGGAAAUAGGCAUGUGGAGCAUCGCAAAACAGACUAUGCAUAGCCUUGCUAGCACAUCCCCACCCAGGGAUCCCUGGUUGAAUUGGCCAGCCCCCAUCUGGAUAGUACCCUCCCUUUUGUAA